AUGCAGUCUAACACAAAAACUACUAAGAUCGUCAUGAUAUCUGCCAUCUAUUUGUGCAUAUUUCUUAUCCAUGUGCAAUGUUUACCCAGAAAUAAUGAAAACAACAAUUAUAGGAGAUUUAACAGAAAUGAAAGAAAUGAAGAUGAAUCUGUUGAACAAGAAGAAAGACCGAGGAGUCCAAUCAGCAGGCAGAUAUUGUUUUUCCCAAUGAAUCCUUCUUCACCAAAAAGUUCCAAUUCAAUACCCUUCUUUGCUUAA